AUGGCGAGACCAUUAGCGAAAAUCUGUGACAUCAAUGACAGCAAAGAACUUUGGAAAGUUUCUGUUCGAGUGCACCACAAAUGGAAAGUUGUUUCGAACAAGAGGGAGCAUUUUGAGAUGAUUUUUGUUGAUGUAUCGGGUGGUGACAUACAUGUUGUUGUUCCUGCACCGCAUGUAUCUCUAUUUUCUGAAAAAAUGGCCUUGGAUCAUAGUUACACUGUUUCCAAUUUUAAGGUUCAGCCAAAUGUUGCGGCUUUCAGACCUUUGUCUCAUAAGUUUAUGUUGAAGUUUACCGCCGACACAACGGUUACAGAUGAUAACAACGCGGAAAUACCGCCAAAACCGCUGGUGUUUACUAAAUUUACUGAUAUAAUAAACGAUGUCAUUGGUAUGUUGGAAAGUAUUGGGUAUUCUCAGACCACAUCAGGUGCCCGGAAGCAGCAGAUUAACAUGAUGUUGCGGGACGGCGGUGAGAAUACUAUCAAUUGCACGCUUUGGGAAUCCUAUGCUGAACAAUUCAUGAAGUUCAAACAGGAGCGUGGAGAUGAUUCUGGGCCUAUGUUUGUCAUGCUCCAAUAUGCUAAAGUCAAGGAACAGGGAAAGUUUCCAAUGUCCGUGUCAAACACGUUUAAUGUCGCCAUGCUUGGUCUGAAUACCGAUUUGCUGCCGAUGAAAGAAUUUAUAGAAAGAUUACAUUUUGUGCGACUGUUGGAGAAACUAAAACGCUGGUGGCCUCUCCGUGUGGCUGGUAUUAUCGUGGUUGUCAUGCUUGCUCAUGUAUUGCGCGUGGUGACAGACCUCCGUUUGAGUGUGAGACUGGACAUUUCACUGAGGUAUAAGAUUGAGAUUGAAGUUACUCAUGUCGAGAAUAGCCGUAACUUUCUAUUUUGGGACAGAGAGUGUGAGCUUCUUUUGGGAUUGUCUGCUUCUCAGCUGCGUCAUACAAUGAUUAAGGCUGGCAUUCAUGAUCCCUUGGAAUUCCCACUGGCAUUGGAUCAGAUGUUGGAUCGCAAGAUGGAUUUCAAAAUCAAGUGGCAACCAUGGUGGAAGAAUGCCUCGGUCGUUAUGCUAUUGAAGAAUGACCCUUUUGUGAAAGAGCUUGCUGAUCAGUUUGACACAGAUGAAAUGAAACAACCCGGUGUUGAAGCAACGACCACUGUUCUUUCCGAACCUCAUUUUGUCGUCGUAAGGGCAUUUACUGAUCUUGAUGUGACUUCGACGCACAGCACAGAUCCACUUACUCCUACUGGCAAAAGACAGUUUCCAGGCGCAUCAAGCGAGUCAACAACCUCGGAUGCCACUUGUGAUGGAGAACUUUCAUCAAACAAACUCAAGAAAAUUAUAAAACUAGAGAAGAUAGAUUAG